AGAAUAAGGGAAAAUUCUARGCAGUCGUCGGCAUUAGGAAGGAUGUUUACGUAAUAUCCGUAGGCUUAAACCGGGGAAAGUUAUUUCCUGAAGUUGACCAGUAGUGAAUAAGUCCUGCCUUGAGCUUUCACACCAACCCAACCCACAUACAGUAUAUUAUUUUCACGACUAAGACAUUUGGUGCCAUUACAGAACCGACACAAAUGAUUGAUAAUGGAACCGUUGGAGAAAUCUCAGAAUGACGACACUGAUGCAAUGGAAAUCUUGCAUGCCCAGCUAGCAGGUUGCCGAGCGCAGCUGGAGCACUGGCAGGGUGUGGCGACGAUCUGCGAACUGAGCAAACAGGAGGAACUGGGAGAGCUGCAGAAACAGUGUGACCAGGAGAUGCAGUCUCUUCAGGAGGCCCUCAGAGAGACGGCUUCUCAGUAUGAGGCUAGAAUAUCUACUCUGCAGUCUGAGCGUGCCCAGUGGAGGAGAGCCAGUGUGCAGUCUCAGGGCAGUGUAAAGAAGGACAGGUUGGAGGCAGGAGCUAUGCAGUCCGAGAGCCAGUCGACAGACUCUCCCACCAAUACCCUCAGAGAACCAGGAACGGACGGAUGGGAUAGCCAACCAGSGGAGGCUGAGGGGCRGGGGGAGGGACCAGGGGAGGGUGAAGGGGCAGGGCUGGAGGGCUAUUUCUCCCAGAACUGUGACUUCGCCUCUUUCUCCUCCUUCUCCUUGGACACGCCCUCACUGCCACGCCGCCCCCCCCCCCAGGAAGACACUGCCUCCCUGGUCUCCACGGGAACCCUGGUGCCCGAGGCCAUCUACCUGCCCCCGCCCGGCCACCGUCUGAUCACACACACCGAAUGGGAUUCGCUUAACACACAGGUUGAGGAGCUGAAGGGAGAGCUGAGUCGACUGAGGGACGAGAGGACAGAGCUGGAGAGCGAGCUGGACACACAGACUACUGAGACACACAAACACGUCUCAGUUCUCCAGUCUCAGGUGCAGACCUCAGAGGCCCUCCUACAGGAGCUGCAGAAAUCUUUCAACCAAUCACAGAAUGCCGUCCAUAGUAGGCUGGCGGAGCUGUCUCUCUCUCAGAGGAGGGUGUGUAGCGAGCUGUCCAGACUGAAAGGGGAGGAGAUCGAGGAGACUGAUGGGGCAGGGGACGCCAACACACCCCUUGGUCCUACACUACAGGGGGCACACAGUGAAGAGAGGCUGCUUAUUGAGAUCGUCAACCUAAAGGAACAACUGGAGACCCGCGUGGAGGAGAGCGAAGUUCUACAAGUGCAGCUGUCCAGUCUGAAGACCGAGAUGGAGCMGGUCCAGUGUCAGAAAGAGAAGCUGCAGUUGGAGCUACAGACCUGUCGCAUCGAGCUACAAGGCCUCAGGGUGGCGCUCUCACACCUACAGGGAGACAGCAAGACUCUCACCCAUGACAAGGCGUCCCUCCAGCAACAGUGUUUGGAGCUGCGUAGCCAGAUCAUCAGUAUGCGUUCUCAGGUGGACACCAGCCAAACGGUGCAGAGGGACUUUGUCCAGCUUUCACAGUCACUGCAGGUGAAGCUGGAGUUGAUCCGUCAGGCUGACACUCUGGACCAGGUCAGGGACAUCUUGGAGGAGGGGCUUCCUGAAGAGGGUGCCCCGCCCACUGGUGCCACGUGAGUCUAUCAGAGCAGCACAACAGAGCCAAAGCGACGGGAGAAACAAGAAAUAUUCCAAGGGUGACCAAUAAGAACGCGGCUGGACAUGAAGUGCAACAGUAUAACCACAGAGAAAGAUUUGACCACUAUCAUGACUAUCCCCGCGUUGAAGAGGAGUGGGCUGAGCAAGGAGCUGUGCAUAAUCACUGAUAUACAAAUCAGAUUGCAUUCCAGACAACUCCUAAUGAGAAUCAGAUCUGUGCUUGCCUUGCUCAGGCCAGUCCUCUCCAACAUUGGGAAUCACCACCUCCGCUUGUAAUGUGACUUGGAAUAUUUGUACUUUGGAGCUGUUCAAUGAUGUUCUGAUUUUUUUGAGGGGGGUUGCACUUCGACUCAUGUUGCUUGAGCGCCCUCCAUCAUUCCAUAUUUGUUUUUAAAAUGUAUUUUCUCAUGUUCAAUGACCAAACACUCAUUCUAUGACCAAACGUAACCCCRGUUUUUAAACUGGACUCAUUGAGAUAACUUGAAUAUUUGUAUUGAAGUUCCUGACUCGAUAUUCCCGCUAGUCAGAUGUGAUGAGAAACACUCCAUUACUGCUUUAGUGGAAGUCACUAAAAGGCAAUAUGUUGAGAAAAGGCCAGUAUCUACUACUGUAAGUUAUACCGUAUUAUGAUACUUCUGCAUGCACACACACACACCCACCUCUCAGGACUUCCGAUCAUUGAUCUAAUAGCACUGUCCUUGUUGAUACCAGCGAGUAACACUAACAACCCUGUUUCAAACCACUCUGACACAAUUACCAUCUUUACCUUUUUUUAGACGUUACCAUGUUUUUAAAUGAAGAGUAAGAGAUAAGAAACCUGUAAAAAAUAAUAUGAAUGAAUUUGGCAUUCUCUCUUGUUGAUACUAAUUGCCGUAAUAUAUAAAUAUACAUUGAAAGACUA